AUGCCUAUAAAAAAGAAAAAAAGUCAACGAGCAGAGGAGGAAACCAAAGACGUAGAUGACGAAGACUCGGAGGAUCAGGAACCAAAGCCCAAGAAAAAAAGUAAACGGGUGAGGGAAUCAAAGGAUCCUGGAAAACUGAAGAAGAAGUUAAAGACCAGUGAUGAAGAAGGAUACAACUCUGACACAUCAGAACCAGAUUUGAAGAUCACUAAAAGAAAGGGAAGACAAAAAGAAAAGACCAAGGAUAAGAAGAAAAAAGCCAAAGAAGGGAGCGAGGAUGAGUUGAGCUGUGAAGAUAACAACAAUGAGUCCAAGGGUAAAAAGAAAAGAGAAAUAUUCCCUGAUGUGAUUGAGAUAACCAAGAAAGGCUCAAAGAAGUCUUCAGUCAAAGACAGGAUGGGAUCAAAGGAUAAAAGCAAAAAAGAGGGAGAUGGAGAUGAUGAGGAAGGGAAGAAGAAAAAGAAAGAAAAGAAAAAGAAAAGUUCAGAGAAGGGAGGUAGUGAUGAAGACACCAAGAAGUCAAAAGGCAAGAAGAAGAAGAUCGAAAAUUAUGUUGAAAUAUAUGAAAAUGAACUUCGUAACUAUGAGCCAGAAAAAGUGGAGAACCAUGAGGAUGAGUACCACAAAAAGAAAGUAUAUGAGGUGGUGACCAUCACUGGGGAUGAGAGAGGAGCAGGUACUGAUGCCAAUGUAUUUGUUGCUCUUUUUGGAGAAUAUGGCAUCACACCCAAAGUUCACCUGGCCAGCAACACAGAAAAAAAGAGUCGCACAGCAUUUGAAAAAGCCAAAACUGAUGUUUUCAGAAUAAGAACUCACAAUGUCGGACCUUUAAAAAAGAUAAGAAUUGAGCAUGACAACACUGGCAUGAACGCCAGCUGGUUCCUGGACAGAGUGGUGGUGACGGAUGUGAUUAGGCCUCACUUGAGGUUCUAUUUUGCUUGUAACAACUGGCUCAGUAAAGUGGAAGGAGACGGCCUUUUUGUUAGAGACCUUCUAGGCAGCAUGGACCCCAUGGACAUGCCCAAAUAUAAUAAAUAUAUAGUAAGUGUUUUAACGGCAGAUUUAAAAGGCAGUGGAACAGAUGCUGAUGUCUUCAUUAAUAUAUUUGGGGAAUUUGGAGAUUCAGGGGAGAGACGGCUUGACAGUGACAAAAAUAACUUUGAAAAAGGCACAGAAGACAAGUUCACUAUUGAUGCACCAAACCUGGGCAAAAUUAGGAAGAUCACCAUUGGCCACAAUAACAAAGGCUCCUCAGCAGGAUGGUUUGUGGAUAAGGUGACUGUGGAUGAUAUGGGGAACAAAAUAGUGUAUGAAUUUCCUGUCAGCCGUUGGUUUGCCAUUGAUGAAGAUGAUGGAAAGAUCCAGAGAGACAUUUUGGUGGGAGGAGGGCAGCCCACAGGUAUUGUGUACAACGUCCAGGUUGUGACAGGGAACGUCCGAGGUGCGGGGACCAACUCUAAAAUUCACAUAGUGAUGCACGGCACCAAGGGCAUGAGGAACAGUGGCAAGGUGUUUUUGGAAGGAGGCAAGUUUGAGCGUGGUUUGACAGACAUCUUUAAUGUUGAGAUUGCUGCACUUCUAAGCCCUCUAAGCAGAGUCGCUAUUGGACACGACAAUGAUGGAGUCAGUCCUGGAUGGUACUGCGAAAAGGUUGUGGUGUACUGCACAUUCACAGGAAUAGAGCAGACCUUCCCAUGCAGUAAAUGGCUGGAUGAGAAGGAGGGAGACGGGCUGAUAGAAAGAGAGCUGUAUGAGAUGGUCUCACUCAGGCAGAAGAGACAGAAGAAGCACCCCUGGUCCUUGUGGAUCUGGACAUCAGACCUUCCUAAUGCAGGAACCGAUGCAGAUAUCUCCUUCCAGGUGUACGGAGACAAGGGCAAAUCAGAUGAGAUCAGGCUGGACAACAAAACUGACAAUUUUGAACAGGGACAGAUAGACAAGUUUAUGGUUGAGCUGCCUGAUUUGGGAAAACUGACCAAACUCCGUAUUUGGCAUGAGAAGAGAAAUCCUUUUGCCGGAUGGCAUCUCAGUAAGGUUACUCUAAUAAAGUCAUUAACAAAGGAGAAGUACACAUUUCCAUGUGAGAGAUGGCUGGACAUAAAUGAAGACGACAAUGAAGUUGUAAAGGAACUUCCUGCCAACGGAGACUCGAUCACUGAGCCACUGCCACUGAUCAAAUACAGAGUGACAGUCUGUACAGGAACUAUUAGCGGUAGUGGCACAGAUGCAUCAGUAUUUCUGAAUCUCAUUGGAGAUCAGGGGGAAACCGGAGAACGACAGCUGAUCAACUGCAAAAACAACGUCAACAAGUUUGAGAAGGGCAAUCUGGAUGAGUUUAUAAUCGAGGCAGUAGCCUUGGGCCAGGUACGCAGGGUGAGGAUUGGACAUGACGGGAAAGGUGGAGGCUGUGGCUGGUUUCUUGAUAAAGUAGUUGUAAGAGAGGAAGGACAGGCUGAGGCCAACGCUGUAGAGUUCCCCUGUGACAGGUGGUUGGAUCGCAGCGAGGAUGAUGGACAGAUUGUUCGAGAAUUAGUGCCAUUCUCAGAUGGACAACGUCUAUACAAUGUCAGCUAUUACGUAUUAGUGAAGACAGGUAGCAUCCCUGGGAGCAGCUCCAACUCCAAUGUAUUUGUCAAGCUCUAUGGAGAGAAAGGCGACACCUCUAAGAUGAUGCUGGUGGUCUCUGCCAAUAACCUGGGGAACUACUUUGAGAUGGGCCGCGUCGAUAUCUUCGUUGUGGAAACCUUUGAUAUUGGACAGAUUAACCGAUUGCUGAUUGGUCACACCAACGAGGGCAUGCGGGCUGGUUGGUUCUUGGACAGUGUUCAGAUUAUGAUUCCAGUCCAUGGAAAGAAUUACAUGUUCCCGAGUCACCGCUGGCUGUGCAAGGAUGAAGCUGAUGGAAAGACAGAGGUGGAGCUUUACCCAAGCGAGAUCCUGGACAUGGACCAACUGAUUAACUACGAGAUAACAGUAGUAACUGGAGAUGCGAUGUUUGCUGGCACCAAUGCCAAAGUCUUCAUCCAGAUCUAUGGGGACAAGGGGAAGACAGAGGUUAUCACACUCGAAAGCAGAUCCAACAACUACGAGCGGAACACAACAGAAAUAUUUAAGAUAGAGGCCAAAGAUGUUGGGAAGAUCUUUAAGAUACGCAUUGGUCAUGAUGGUUCUGGAAUGGGAUCUGGCUGGUUCCUGGAGACGGUGGACAUCAAACAUCUAAUCAUGGCUUUGGUUCCCAAAGAGAAGAAAAAAGAUGACAAGAAGAAGAAGAAGAAAAAGAAGAAAGAUGAGGAUGAUGAUGAAGACGAAGGAGAGGAGAUGCAGGAAGUGGUGCUGACUUAUCAUUUCCCCUGUUCACGCUGGCUGGCUGGAGGAGAGGAGGAUGGCGAGCUGGUGGUGGAGCUGCUGCCUGAGGGAGAGGAGAAUCUUGAAGUCAACACCUAUGAAGUGUGCGUCUUCACUGGUGACAUGCUGGGAGCUGGGGCAGAUGCCAAAGUCUACAUUAAUAUUUAUGGGGAAAAUGGAGACACUGGAGAGCGCUAUCUGAGGAAUUCUGACAAUCUCAACAAAUUUGAACGAGGACAGGAAGACGUUUUCAUAGUGACAGCUGUUGAUUUGGGCCCUUUGAAGAAGCUCCGAAUCCGCCAUGACAACAGUAACCCUUACUCAUCCUGGUACCUGGAUCGUGUUGAGAUAGUAGACACAAUGGAGGAUACAACAUACUACUUCCCCUGUAACCGCUGGCUUGCAGUGGACGAGGAUGAUGGGCAGAUAGCGAGAGAGUUGGUUCCUGUGGACGAGGCUUUUAUGAGGCAGGAUGAGGAUGAGGAAGGGACAAGCGCCACUCUGGGGCUCGAGCAGAAAUCCAUGUCAACUACAUAUACUCUUAAAAUAAAAACUGGAGACAAGGAGUAUGCUGGAACUGACGCCAAUGUCUUUGCCAUCCUGUUUGGUGAAAAAGAUGAUACAGGGAUCAUCAACCUGAAGGCUUGUAAAAACUACAAAAACAAGUUUGAACAGGGAAUGAUCAAUGAGUUCACUGUGGAGGCUGUGGACUUGGGCGACCUAGAGAAGCUUCGAAUUGGACAUGACAACUCAGGAGGUUCAGCUGGGUGGUUUUUGGACUGGGUUGAGAUCAAUGCCCCCUCUCAGGGUCAGAGAAUGCGCUUCCCGUGUGGCCGCUGGCUGGAUAAAGUAGAGGAUGAUGGUGCGAUUGUGAGAGAUCUCUAUCCUGCUGAGUUACAGACUGAACUUUACACCCCCUUUGUGCCUUAUGAGAUAAAAAUAUUCACCAGUGAUGUGUUUGCUGCGGGAACAGACGCCGAUGUGUUCAUAGUCCUGUAUGGGACUAAAGGAAUGUGCACACAGCAGAAACACCUGUGUGUCAACAAAAGAGAGCGACGGCUGUACUUUGAGAGAGGAGCUGAGGACAUGUUUAUUGUGGAGCUGGAGGACAUUGGGGAUGUUAUAGAGAAAAUCAGGAUUGGUCAUGACAACAGGGGCACCAACCCAGGAUGGCACCUUGACAGAGUGGAGAUCAGGCGACAACUCCGGAAAGGAAAGGGUUCAGAGACAACCAUUUUCCCAUGUGAGUGCUGGCUCGCCAAGUCUGAAGAUGAUGGGGAGACGGUGCGGGAGCUGGUGCCCUCAAGCAUCAUCACACAGAAACUCCUCAGGGAUGGGACGCUGAAGACAACUGAAACAGAGGUGGAGGAUGCGCUGGAGACUCACAUGUACAAGGUGUCUGUGCGGACAGGUGAUAUGUACGGAGCUGGGACUGAUGCCAACGUUUUUCUCACCAUUUACGGUGACCUGGGAGACACAGGAGAGCGCAAACUUGCCAAAUCAGAGAACAACAGAAACAAAUUUGAGAGAGGAGAAGUGGAUAAGUUUACCAUUGAGGCUGUGGACCUGGGACAGGUAUUCAAGAUUCACAUCCGCCAUGAUAACUCCUUGGUGGGAGCUGAUUGGUACCUGGACCAGGUGGAGGUGCAGGAUGUGGACACAGAGGAAGUUUACAUGUUUCUGUGUGAACGCUGGCUGUCAACAAAGAAAGAAGACAAUCAAAUAGAGAGGACCUUCUAUGUCAAGGGGUAUGAGGGUGAAAGGAACACUGAUCCAUAUUUCAAGAAGAUGGCCCAGAGCAAAUUAGGACUGGACAGAAAUGCCAACAAGAAGAAAAAGAAGAAAAAGGUGGCGGUGGUCGAAGACGGUCCAAUCAUCCCGUAUCACUUCUCGCUUUCCACUGGAAUUGACCGUGAUGCCAGCACUACAGCCAGGGUUUAUGUCAUCAUCAUCGGCCCUAAUGAUGUUGAAACAGACCGAAUGUGGUUGGACCUGCCUGAGGGAAAGAAAUCUUUCGCAUCUGGCACCAUGGAGCAUUUUGUGUGCUAUGGAACUGACGUAGGAGAGAUCAAGAGGGUGGAACUUGGCCAUAAUGGUGUCACACCAGAGAGCUGUUGGUUGGUGGAUGAGCUGUCGGUUGCCGUGCCAACAAAAGGUAUCAAGUACAUCUUCCCAUGCAAGUGCUGGCUGGCCAAAGACAGGGGAGAUGGUCUGACUACCAGACUGUUAAAUGUGCUGGACUCCAGCACCAUCAACAUUAUUCGCAAAGUUAUUUAUUCAGUCACAGUUGUCACAGGAGACACUCAGUAUGCAGGGACUGACACAAACAUUUUGCUGACUGUAUACGGAGCCAAUGGGAGCACAGAGGAAAUUCUGCUACCGAAAAAUGGGGAUAGGUUUGAAAGAGGCCAAGAAGACACAUUCGCCUUGGAGAUAGAUGACAUUGCUCCUUUAAAGAAGAUCAGAAUUCGGAUUGAUGGCAGUGGGAGUCGCCCUGACUGGUUUUUUGAUAGGAUCAUCAUGCGGAACCUGAUCACAGAAGAAGAGUAUCUGUUUGCCUAUGAGAAUUGGCUGUCCAAUACCAAAGGGCCAAAGAGGACAAAAGUAUGUGAACUGGCAGCUGUGGUGGAUGAAGAAGAGAUGGUGGAAAAAACAACCUACAUAAUCCAAGUACAGACCAGUGAUGUUGGAGGUGCUGGCACUGAUACCAACGUGUUUUUGAUUGUGUUCGGGGAGUACGGAGACACUGGAGUGCUAGCUCUGAAGGAGAGUACCAACAGGAACAAGUUUGAGCGAAAAAUGAAGGACGUGUUCAGAUUUCCUGACAUGCUCAGUUUGGGCGAGCUGUCUAAAGUCAGAGUGUGGCAUGACAACAAAGGCCCUGCUGCUGGCUGGCACCUGGAGUACAUCGACGUGAAAGAUGAGGCCAUGGACCAGACGUUCAGGUUCCCCUGCGAUCGCUGGCUGGCUAAAAAUGAAGAUGAUGGGCAGAUUAUGAGGGAGCUGGCUUGUGCCAACAAUGAUUCUGUAGACCUCAGUGACAAAACAAAAUAUGAAAUUGUUACAACAACUGCUAACACAGAUGACGCCUCCACCACGGAAAAUGCCUGGAUUGUGUUGGAAGGAAGGAAAGCACGUUCCAAGGAGUUUGUUCUGGAAAACAAGAAAAAGAAGUUCUUAUGCGGUGCCACUGAUACAUUUGAGUUCUCAUCCAAGCACCUGGGGGACAUUGUCAGCAUCUGUCUUGGCCAUAUAACAAAAGAUGGAAAAAAGGUGAAGAAUGAAGCCUUCUGGCACCUUAUGGAGGUGGUGGUGACAGAAAAGGAGCUGGGAAACAAGUAUUUCUUCCACUGUGAUGCACAAAUCCCCCUGGCAGCCAAAAAGGACCAAUUCCUGACAUUUGAGUGCUAUAAAUCCAUUGAGAGCUUUGCAAGCAAAGUUCGCAACCUGGUCCCUAUCAAGUACGAAAUUAUCGUCAUCACUGGGGACAUUAAAGGGGGCGGCACAGAUGCAAAUGUUUUUAUCACCCUCUAUGGUGUCAACGGGGACUCGGGCAAGCGAGAUCUGCGGCAGAAGUUCCGCAACCUUUUUGAGCGAGGGCAAACGGACCGCUUCGUUCUGGAGAUGUUGGACCUUGGAGAGCUGCUGAGGGUCAAAAUGGAACAUGACAGCACCAGCAGCAACUGUGGGUGGUAUUUAGAGUGUGUUGAGGUGACCAACACAGCAAACUCAGUCACAACCAUCUUUCCAUGUGGAAAGUGGCUGGAUGCUUCUAAGGCUGACAGACAAAUUCAGCAAGUGCUCUACCCCAGGCAUUAGGAAAAUGAUGCAUGGAGGAAAGAGUGA